CAUUGUCAUUUCUGAUAAUCGGCAUGGGACGUGCCAACUCACCUACUGUCGGUUAGAUACGAAUGGUAUUACAAAAGUAUGCGUUCGUCAAAGAGCUGUUUAUAGCUUAUGAUGAGAUAGAUUUUUAUGGUGAGCUCGUAAAAAAAGGAUCGUAAUACGAUGGCGAGCGCAGCUGUCGGAGCUAACCCGGAAAAUACUUCCAAAUUUUUGGAGUCGUUGCAAGUUGAUUUGAAAGCUCUUGCCUCUGAGACUAAGAAGAAGUAUCCACAGAUUAAGGAAUCAUGCGAAGAGGGAAUCACAAAAAUCAGAACUACUGCAAACGCUUCAGGUGCCCCCAUUUAUUAUAUUGUAAAUCAAAUUUUGUACCCCUUGGUUCAAGGCUGCGAAAGUAAAGAUGUAAAAAUUAUUAAGUUUUGUUUAACCAUAAUGCAAAGGUUAAUUACACAACAAGCUGUUGAUCAGAAAGGUGCUCGUUACAUCACAGACACAUUAUGGAUGUUGAUGGAAUCGGGAACAGAAGAAGUUAAAGUUUUGCAAACUGUGACAUUGUUACUCACAAGUAAUACAAUUGUUCAUGGUGAAACACUUGCAAGGAAUCUUGUCCUUUGCUUUCGUUUACAUUUUACAAAAGAUAGUACAACAAUCAACACGGCAGGAGCCACUGUGCGACAGCUGGUCUCAUUGGUAUUUGAACGUGUUGUUGCAGAAGAUGAACAAAGUGCUGAUAACGAAGAUUCAGAUGAUAUAAAUUUGGAAGAGCUGAAAAUUCCUACUAAUCAGGCACCCAAAGGUUUAGGGCCAUGUGCUGCUGAUGCAUAUUUAAUGUUUCAAGAUUUAGUUCAAUUGGUGAAUGCAGAUCAACCUUACUGGUUAAUUGGAAUUACCGAAAUGACACGUACAUUCGGUUUGGAAUUGUUAGAAUCCGUUCUAACAAAUUUUUCCUCGGUAUUUUUUAAGCAUCCAGAAUUCAGCUUUCUGUUAAAAGAAAGGGUUUGUGCCCUCGUAAUUAAACUGUUCUCACCGAAUAUCAAAUAUCGUAAUUCCGUUCCGGCGGCGUUGCAACAAGCCACGCCUUUGGAUAAGCCUUAUUUUCCUAUUAGCAUGAGACUUCUUAGAGUUGUUUCUAUAUUAAUACAGAAAUAUCAUUGUCUUCUGGUAACAGAAUGUGAAAUAUUCUUAUCUUUAAUUGUUAAAUUUUUGGAUCCUGAUAAGCCAACUUGGCAGAGAGCAUUAGCAUUGGAGGUUUUACAUAAGAUGACAGUGCAAGCUGAUCUACUUACAAAUUUUUGCGAAUGUUACGAUUUAAAGCCUCAUGCGACCAAUAUCUUUCAAGAUAUUGUCAAUAGUUUGGGAGCCUAUGUUCAUAGUCUUUUUGUUAAUCCGCAAAUGAUGAAUCAGACUAAUAUGGGUACGACAAUACCACAAAAUACUGCAUCCCCCCUAUUCACGGGAAUGCCAAUUGGUCCUGGCGUCUCACCACAACCUGGUUUUUAUUCCCGCGGUAUUUGGUUGCCGGUAGUUGCGACGUUCACAAGUGGUCAAGCUAAAUCCACCUAUUUGGACAUGCUUGAUAAAGUCGAACCGCCACAAAUACCAAUUGGCUAUGGAAUCAGUAUAGCUUAUGCAUGUUUACUGGAUAUUAUACGAUCCAUCGCGUUUGCAAUUAAUGGGUCUGGCGAAGCUGUGACUGGAAAUCAAACGUAUAAACCGACUGAAUCUGAACGAAAACUUCAUACUCAACUCAUUAAUUCAAGUUGGUGCGGUUUACUAGCGGCAUUAAGUCCUCUUAUAGAUGCCAGCACCGACGAAUCUGCGACAGAAAACGUGUUAAAAGCUAUUCAAACAUUCGCAUCUCUGUGUGGACAAUUAGAGCUACAGACUCCCCGCGACGCGUUCAUUACGGCAAUAUGCAAAGCUUCGUUGCCUCCUCACUAUGCGUUGACAGUAUUGUACAAUGCUCCUCAAGGUAUACCAAGUGCAAGACAACAAGAAUCCUCUCAGUACAAUUUGACUAUGGGAGAACCGGACUAUCGACAGCAGGUAGUAGCUGUUGGUACUCCGCUACCUACCGCAUCUCUGCCAGUUGGUGCACACCAGGGGCCUGUGAUGUUAACAGCAAAGAAUUUACAAUGCAUGCGUGCAUUAUUGUCACUUGCCCAUUGCCACGGUAGUAUACUCGGUGGUGCGUGGCACUUGGUGCUUACAACAUUACAACAUCUUGUUUGGAUACUGGGUUUAAAACCUUCCACGGGAGGAUCCUUGAAAGCUGGUAGGACUGCUGCUGAUCCAAAUGCAGUACUUACGAAUGCAGUAAUGGCGGAUUUGCCUGUACUUAGCGCCAUGCUUAGCAGAUUGUUCGAAAGCAGCCAACAUUUAGACGAUGUAGCUUUACAUCACCUAAUAGAUGCACUUUGCAAACUAAGCCACGAAGCCAUGGAGUUGGCUUACUCCAAUAGGGAACCAUCGUUGUUUGCUGUGGCGAAACUUUUGGAAACUGGUUUAGUGAAUUUGCCUCGAGUGGAAGUUCUAUGGAGGCCAUUAACGAAUCAUUUGUUGGAAGUUUGUCAACAUCCGCACAUUCGUAUGAGAGAAUGGGGAGUGGAAGCUAUUACGUACCUUGUCAAAAUGGCACUACAGCACAAAUAUCCCCAACCUUUACGCGAUAACCAAAAGUUGCAGACCUUACUUUUGGGACCAUUAUCCGAGUUAUCAUCGGUACGUCAUGGUGAUGUGAGACAACGUCAAUUGGAGUGUGUUUUACAAGUUCUACAUGGAGCAGGAGAGACAUUAUAUCAUGGUUGGCCAUUGGUACUUGGUAUCAUUGGAGCAGUGUCUGAUCACCAUGGGGAAGCUUUAGUUAGAAUAGCUUUUCAGUGCUUACAAUUGGUAGUAACUGAUUUUCUGCCAGUGAUGCCUUGGCGGUGUCUUCCACUUUGCGUCGACACAGCUGCCAAGUUUGGUUCGCAAACUCAAGAAUUAAAUAUUUCACUUACUGCUGUCGGAUUAAUGUGGAAUAUAAGCGAUUAUUUUUAUCAAAAUCAAGAAAAACUCUGUGUUUCACUGAAAGGAGAUUCGUCCUCUGUAUUUCCGGAUUUUCCUGGUACAACAAACAUGCCGGCGUUUGAUAAACUUUGGAUGUGCCUAUACACGAGAUUAGGGGAUUUGUGCGUGGAUCCUCGGCCUGCAGUACGCAAAUCAGCCAGUCAAACUUUAUUUUCGACAAUAUCCGCACAUGGUAGUCUGUUGCACCAGCCAACAUGGCAGGCCGUGCUUUGGCAGGUUCUCUUUCCAUUACUAGAUAAAGUAAGAAGUUUAUCUAAUUCUGCUAGCAGUGAAAAGGUAGAUACUAGCGGAAACAUUCUCAUACAUCAUAGUAGAAACACAGCGCAGAAGCAAUGGGCAGAAACACAGGUAUUGACAUUGAGUGGCGUUGGAAGAGUUUUUAAUACAAAACGUCAACUUUUACAAAUGUUGGGCGAUUUCCCUAGAGCUUGGUCUCUUUUACUUGAAUUCAUAGAAAAUUCUGCGCUCAGUAAAAACAAUGAGGUAUCGUUGGCAGCCUUGAAAUCGUUCCAAGAGAUUUUAUAUCUUCAAAAAGGAAGCGACAAUAACGAAGUGAUCCAGUCGAACGACUCAGAAGCAUUGUGGGUCGUUGCGUGGCGUGUGUGGCUUAAUAUUGGAAUGGAAAGUACAACACCGCCGCAGGAAGGCGAAGCAGAACCUUAUAUACCGUCUCAAGCAUUUUUAACAGCAUUGGUUCACAUAUUCCCAGCUGUUUUUCAACACAUCAGAAACAAAUUCACUGGUCCAGACUUACAGAAACUUUGCAUAGUAUUGAAAAAUGCAGUUGCAGUCCCGGUACACGGUGAGUCAACGCCGUAUAUUUUACCAACAAUGCCAGAUGUCGUCCUUACCCAUUUACAGGAUGGCGUGCUUCAUUCGAUGGAGCUCUUACAAAAGGAGGCUCUAAACGGACCUGACAAUUUGCGAACAAUGAUCGUCCUGAUCUUCCUCCAGCUUCUGAGCUUCUCGAAAUUGGCAUGUGAAGCGCCCACGUAUGGUAAAAUACCAACGAAACACAUUUCCCAAGUUAGAGGUGUAUCUGUGCGUAUUUAUACUUCGAGCAUCUCAUUUAUUCAGACUGAUUGGGUCACCAUGAACUACGUUCCUUUCGGAGAGAAAGCCUUAUCGAUGGUCGUAACGUUGUAUCAAAAAACAGCCCAUGAAAUAGCUGUGAUAGAAGGGCAAGUGUUGAAGCACAUUAUAGAAGCGUUGCACGUGCCUUUGUCGAUGAAAUAUGCCUGUCCGUCACCGACAACAUGGAAAUUAGCUGUUACUAGUUUGCUUGCUGUUUUGCACACGGGCUUGCCCCUGGCCAGAAAAUCUCCCGAACAGUUUCAGAAUAUGUGGCCCGAACUUGCGAGUACCUUGGAUGACUUUUUGUUCCCGAAAAGCGUAUUGAACGUGGAACGAGGCGUCGAAGAAAUUCAAGCGGAUGAAGCUGUAGACUGUCAAGUGAUGGAACUUUUACGAGAUGAAGUUCUGCCGCAUUCUCAACACAUACCUCAUCAAUUUAUUUUACGCGUGGUGAUGCUUUUGAAUAAAGGUUCUAUACAUUCGGCGACCACAACGAAUAUGGAAAAUGGCAGCGAAACGAAAUUGAGGGAGGAGUUCGCGAAAACCUGUUUCGAAACACUGCUACAGUUUUCCCUUUUGGACGGAUUAAAUAACGAAUCGGAACACGACACAUCAAAAAAUCCCGAAAACGACGAAGGAGGCGUAGCUGGAAGAUUGGCAGUCACUGCUCUCCUUCAUAGGUUUCAAGAAGUUUUACGACGAUAUAUAGAAAAUGAAAGACGAAGUGGAAAAUGUCCAUUACCUAGGUACAGAUUGUCCGAAAUUUCAUUUGUCCUGAAAGCAGUUGCAACACUUGUUGUGUCGCUAAAAAAAGCGCCUCCAAAUAAAGUUGAAAAGUCAGUAUGGGAACAACUGAUUGGAUUAUAUCCCUGUUUAGUAGAAUGUACAAUUGCUACCGCAUCGGGUCAAGUUUCAAGAUCUUUACGCGAAGCUUUGCUGCAAUACCAUGAUCUAUUGAGGCCACCGGUUCAAAAUUCCACAACAUCGAACGGUGUUUGACCACUACAUUCUUUACUUCUAACUCGGAAAUAGUGAUGUUUACUACAGAAACAAGUAGUGAACAUCUUGUGACUACGGUUACAUGUAUAAUAAAUUUCGUUACAAAAUUUUUACUUCCGCGUAUACUAUACAAGGCGAAUGCACUCCAAGAUGAAUUGCUGCUGGUAGUUUUUUCCUUG